CUCCCCAGCCCGCGGCGCCUCCGGCAGUGUGGGUCUCGGUGCGCCGGGGAAAGCCGUCCGGGCCUGCCGCUACCGCCGCGGCCGGGCCAGGGUUCCGGGCGGACCCCGCGGGCUCAGAUGCCCUGAAAGUUGGAGUGAUUACUGAGCCUAAGAUUCUUCCAGCUCUGAAAUUCAGCUGCUGACAUGUUGUUUCGAAAACUUACAUCUGCUAAAAUCUGUUCCAAGUAGGUGCUUCAGCGUUUGGAGCGGCCGCGGCCUGAGGACCGGUCUGAAGCUGGCCUCUGCAGGGGGCCCUGGCACCCUCCCCAGACGUGCAGUGGCUGUGGCAUCGGAGGGGAGGCCGCCCAGGCUCCUGCCGCCACCAGCUGCCUCCCUGUCAGCUUUACGGGCAGACCCGCUAAGGUUGUGUGGAUCACACAGUUCCUGCCUCAGUAGAAGAGUCCAGAAAAGGGAACCAUUUCCUCAGCGCCGCCUUGAGGAUGGACCCGGCAGACCCUCCUGGCGACCCCGCUGCCGGCGACCCCGCCGCUGGAGACACAGACCCCGCCGGCGACUCCACUGGCAGCGAGCGCCGUUGCACAGGCCAGGACCCACUCCUGUUCCGGCAGGCCCUGCAGACACUGUGGUCCACGCGAGAGCUGCGGCAGCUCCGGGAAGAGGCCUGGCGGGGGUUUGCUGCCCUGGAUGACCCACUGACCGGACUCCUGGACAUGCUGGAAGGCAGCCAGGCCUGGCAGCGGAAGGGCCCCUCCCUGGAGGCCUGGGUAGUCUGUGAGCUGCACCGCUGGCUGCAGGCACGGCCACUCCCUGCGCCGGCCCAGCACAGCUCAAGGCUGCAACAGCUACAGGCCCGUGCAGUCAGGGUCCUCGCCAGGAGCCCCCCUAGUCUCGUGGAGCCACUGGUCAGCAUCUUCCAGCUGCAGGACGCAGACCGGAGCCCCCUGCUGACUCACAUCCACCAGCUCCACCAGGAGGGCAAGUUCAAAGAAGCUGUCAUGCUGGGCUCCAGGCUGAAGUUGCAGCCAGCACUUGAUGUUGAAAAGAUGUGCACCCCACUGCUCCUCCAGGACAGAGUGAGCCUCGUGGAGCGUUAUGUGGCCGGCUUCCCGGACCUCCAGAGGAGGCUGCUGGCCCUCCUGGACUCCUGGUGCCGGCCCGGCUUUGACAUCGGAGUUGUUGCCAGGCAGCACCCACAGGUGACCUCGAGGCUGGAGAGGCUGAGUCCCAGAGUGCUAAGUCGGCGGGUCCUGAGCCAGCUGGAGCGGCUGGGCCUGGACCCGGCUCUGUGUCCCAACGCUGCCACUCAGCAGCGCCUGGCCGCCCUGCGCUACCUGUGCUACAAGCGGUUUGUGGAGAGAAGUAUGUCUCAGGAGAACUGGGUGGACCACGUGCAGGGCCUGGUGGGCCGGGAAGAGUGGCCCCAAGAGAUGGUAGUGCGGCUGCUGGCCUCCCCCGGCAACGAGGCCGUGGCCGCGCAGUGCGCCCUGGGCCUCUCAGUGCCCGAGGAGCAGCUGCCAGCCACAGUGGCUGCCGAGCUCCGCCGGCUCGAACUCCAGGAGAGGGUGGCCAGGGUGCCUUUGGAGGACAGGAAGGGUGAUUACUACCAGCUGCCCAUCGCCAGGGAGGACAUCCACUUCCUGGCCUCUUGGGAGGACUUGGCCAGGCACGAGGAGGCGUUGCUGCAGCCCGGCCAGGUGGUCGGGGUAGACGUGGAGUGGAGACCCUCGUUUGGCACGGGGGGCCGGCCCCAGGCAUCAGUCAUGCAGUUGGCAGUGGAGGGCCGCGUGUUCCUGCUGGACCUGCCUGUGCUCUCGCGGCCAGCGGGAGGGCAGGUGUCGAAGGCCUUCUCCAGGCUGGUGUCCCGGCUGCUCUCGGACCCCUCCAUCACGAAACUGGGUUACGGGCUGGCGGGGGACCUUCGGAGCCUGGGUGCUUCCUGCCCGGCCCUGGCGCACGUGGAGAAGCAGCUGUGGGGCGGCCUGGACCUGCUGCGGGUGCACAGGCAGAUGCGGGUGGUGAACAUGCCAGCUGGAGGCACGUAUGAGGCCAGGGGGCUGCGGGGCCUCAGCCUCCUGGUGCAGCAGGUCCUGGGCAAGCCCCUCGACAAGACGCAGCAGCUCUCUAACUGGGAUCGGCGGCCGCUGAGCGAGGGGCAGCUGGUUUACGCAGCUGCUGACGCCUACUGCCUGCUGGAGGUGCACCAGGCGCUGAGCAGAGAGCCUGCCAGCUUCUCCCUGUCUGAGGACCUGGCCAGGAGCCUGCAGCCAGGGUGCAGUGAGAGACCCGGGGCCCGGGAGCCGCCCCGCCUGCAGGAGGCCUCAGCCCUGCCUUGGCAGGUGCCUGUGGCCGAGCUCGAGGACGCCGCUCCAGAGGUCCCGGCCAGGGCCUUCCGCGUGGUGUGCGACAACAUGCUGCAGGGGCUGGCAAGGAGCCUCCGCUGCUUGGGCGCGGACGUGCGCGUGCUGGGCACCAACGAGGACCACCGAAGGGCAGCUGAGGUUGCCAGGCAGGAGGGAAGGAUCAUCUUGACGUCGGGGCUGCCAUACCACAAGCUCCGGGCCCAGGUCGGGGCUGGGCGCUGCCUCUGGGUGGACUGCUCCCUCAAGGCCCGUCAGCAGGCCAAGGCCGUGCUCAGGCAUUUCAACGUUCGAGUCACCCACGCAGACAUCUUCAGCCGCUGCCAGGCCUGUAACUGUGACCAGUACCUGAAGGUCUCCAAGGACAUGAUGAAGCAGCUGGUGAGGCUCGGCAGCCGCCCGGAAGGCCCCAGCAUCACAGGUGAUGAGGCCACCCAGAGCGAGGACAUAGAGGAAGCAGGCUCGGCCCCAGAGGAGGCCCCCGGGGGCUGUACCUACGACCCACCUUGCCGCUGGCUGGAGGCCGCAGACCUGCGGGCUGGUGCGCCUGCCACACUGGCCAGUGGCACCCGGCUGCAGCUGGCAGGCGUCCCGGAGGGCGUGCUGCGGCGGCCGGGGCUACGCCAUUUCUACUGCUGCUCUGGCUGUGGCAAGGUCUUCUGGGAGGGCUCCCACCUGUGCCGCGUCACCUCGCAAUUCAGCCGGAUCCUGAGCAGCGCCUCCAGCUCCUGGAAGCAGAGCUGAGCCCCCAGGCCCACGGGCCCGCCCGCCGCCAGCAACACAGUAAUAAAAGUCCUGAGCUGCACGGGCCUGUGGCCGUGGGCUCACUGCACACACCUGGGCCUGGCCCUAGGUGCACCUGUGGCCGUGGACUCAUUGCAUGCACCUGGGCGCCAGCCCCAGGUGCAGAGCUAGGACCAGGGUGGGAGGGAUGAAAGUUCUUGCACAAGGUCAGGACGCUCGGACCCUGAGCCGAGAACCGCCUGAUACUCGGGAAUGAGGCCGACGGAAAGUGGGAAGGACACGCCUGGCAGAGGAAAUGGCCUUCACAAAGGCCCGGGGCUGGGACCCAAGCGGCUCCCGUCAGUGGGGCGGGGGGAGGCGGGGGCACACAGGCCCCCCACGCACUGGGGGCCCACUCCCUUUGCUGCGUGGGUAAAUGCCACCCCCCUCUGCCCCACCUUCCUGGGCUCCUCAGACCUUCGGGGAGGCCUCCAGUUCCAGGGAGUGUAGAUGGUGGGACCCCGCAGGGCCAGGGCCCUUUAGGCCAGAUGUGGCGGGGGUGGGGGUGGGGGUGGGGGUGGGGGGCUUCCUGGGGAACAGGGCCCAGCCCUCUGUGGUGCAAGAGGCAGGGCGGCCACCCUCUAGGAGGGCAUCCAUUGUGUCUGGAGGGCCAUGCCUGGAGGGGAGGCCCACCUCUGCAUCUGCUGCCCUCGCCGCCUCACCGGCCGGAGUGUGACCCCACAUGGCUUCUUCCCCCCGCCCCAACCCGGUCGAGGUGGCCUCCUCUCAUGAAACAGAGUGGCAGCCGAAGCCACAAGGGGGCCCUGCACAUGAGAGCGUCCACCCUCACAACUGCCGGAAACAGCCACUGCUCCACCUACUCUCUGGGAAACUGAGGCGCAGGCGCCCGUUGCCGGCACCCGAGGGCCCCGGGCACCGGUGCCAGGUGGGCGGGGAGAGGGGCCUAGACUGCAUCUUGCCCUGGCCGCCUCCUCCUGGCUCACUCCCUAGGAAUGUGCCCCCCCCCCCACCCCCCACAUCCCUUUCCUGUCCUUCCUGCCUUGAGCGGAAACCAGCUCAGAUUUGGCCCGGGAACCCAGGCGGAAGCCUCAGGGCCGGGGAGCCCGGGGGGGCGGGGCGGGGCUGCCGCCUCUGCCCAGAGCGGGUGCACCUGCAGGCCCAGGUGUGACGGCCUCAGGUACCAGGUGGGUGCUGGCAGUGCCAGGCCUACCUCUGCCCCCGCCUGGGCUGGGGGUCAGGCCCAAGAGUAUGAGGCUGGGGGCUCAUGCUGAACGCCAUGCACCCAUCCUGCCACACUGCCCAUCAUUUCCUUUCCCUGAAAACGCCCACCUCGUGCCAGGCGCUGGCCCACCCGGCCCCGCAGCAACCUUGGGGCCAGCCGGACCAGAUGCUACCGCACAGAUGGAGGGAGGGACUCGGAGACUCAGGACAGGACCGGGCUGAGCAGGGGCACCGUGUCAGGGCCAAGCGUGCAACCCUGGCUGCCCCCACCCUUCGGUCACUGCUGAGCCCGAGGGCCACGUGGGGCUGUGGGGGCGAGCGGACACCCCACCAGGGCUCGGGACCUUCUGUGAUCGGGGUGCUGCUUCCGAGAGCCAGACCACUGGCCCGCGUCCUGUCCUGGGAGGCAGCCCUGACCACGCUCCUCCCCUAGCAAGGUCAGGAGGAAACCGCCAGGGGUGCCGGCCCCACUGCCCAACCCAGCUGCUUCCUGAAGACUCUGGAGACUCUGUUCUGACCCAAGGCCCUGGUGGUGGUUGCAGCUGGUCCUCAACACAAGGAGGCCAGAGCCAGGGACCAGCACGGGGGAGACAGGAGACCACGUGUCCUUCCUGUCCCUCCAGGCAGGCCCGGCCCCAGCACCCCACUGCCCCGCGCACCCUCUAGAGGGAGAAGAGGGCGACUGCGUGGGGCCUCUUUCCCAGUGUGCCCCUCACAGCUACACGCGUACCGUCCAGCCUGCCUUCCCACCUCCCCACCCCUCUGCUGCCCAGACUGGCCGUGUCCCCCCGGAAACCCUCCCAGGCUCACGUACUCGCUGCCAGCCCAGCCCAGCCCCACGGCAACCCCAUCCUAGGCCCCAGCCCCUGACCCCUGGUCCUGAGCCAUCAGGAGGUCAGCCCAAAAAGCCUUCUGAGGCCCCAGGACUGCCUCAGGCCCCCUCCCAGGCUAGGGGUCAGGCACCACGCCGACAGGGUGGGCUACGGCCCUAGUGCCAGGCCGUGCCCUAAGCGGCCGCGCAGUGAUUGUCUGCCACAGUUCCUGCCCCGGGCGUCCUUCCUCCGCUCUGGCCGAGGGCUGAGUGUUUGUUAUUUGAUCUCUAUCCUCUCUCGGCCCUUCUACCAGGUGUCUGGGCUGCUGGGAAGAAACACUCUCCUCUUUCCCACGCUCCCCGACACAUUUUAAUGAAUUAGCUGGAAGCCCCGCCCCCACUGCCCGCCUGCCUGCUCACCCUCCCUCCCCCGCCUAGUGCCUUUAAGGUGGCCGCAGGCCUUGGCCCAGCUCUGGCCAGCCGCCUCUUCUGCGCUGUCCUCCCCAGGCCGCUCCACCCAGACCUUCCCAGCCCAUAUCCCAGAAUGCUCCCCAGGCCGCUCCACCCCUGCCCACAUUGUUCCCCCCCCCCAACACCCACUGCUGUGAGCCUCUAAAGGAAGGGGGUCCCCAGAGAAAGAAGGGGGCCCUCUCCAACUCUGGCCUCCACCCACCACGGCCCUUCAGGGUGGCACUCCUGGGCCAGCAUCCUUGGAGCCAAUGGGGAGAAGGACGGGGUCCUGCCGCAUGGUCAGGGUCGAGUCUGUCCCCCCAGACCCCAGGUCAGGGGUUUCUCACUCAGAGCCAGUGAACUGCUUAUCUAUACAACACCACCAAGAAACCCCACCCACACCGGAGAGGGGCUUCUCUGGGCCGCAGGGCGGGGCCUGGCUUCCCCAUUCCCUCCAAGGCAUUUGGAACAAAUGUCCUCCUUUUGGACCAUUCCUUCAGCAAACACCGAAGAAGAGCUUACUGGGAGCCAGUGCCCUGCAAGCCCCUCUUCCCCUCCUGUCCUCAAAUGGGGCAACUCCCAGGGUGUGGACCACAGCGGCUCAGACCAGAAAUACCCUCCCAGCCACGGCACGGCCACGGGAAUCCCAUCGGCUCCCCAGAGAUAGUGUGACUGUCACCCGAACCCCACAGUGGCAGACCUGGCUACACCUGUCUGACCCUCACGCGGAGCCCUGGGUGGGGCAGGAGGCAACAUCAGGCUAGACUCCUGUGGCCGCUCUGUCCCUGCGGGGGGCACCCAAGCCACCGAUUUCAUGCCCCAUGGUGGUGGCCGUGCAUUCCCACACUGAGCUCACAGGGCCCCUUUGUCUGCCCACCCCAAAGCCUGCGCGGGUGUCAAAGGGACAUUUCACCCCCGGGCUCUGCUCCCGGGCCCUACAGGGUCUCCAGAUGCCCUUCUUCAGGUCAGGGGACCUGAACCCACCUGCGCUGGGGCCUAUGAACCCCCCACCUUCUGGGGAUAGCCCUGGGCACUGUCCAGAGGUAAAUACAGGCCCCAGGGGACAGGGCCUAUGCCCUCUUCCCUGAUGCUGGGAAGAUGCAGGGAAGGGGGUGCUGGAGGUGGUCAGGGCCCCGCCCUCGAGGGGUUCACAGUCCAGCAGGCUCCCUUACUGGGCCCAGGGACCCCAUCUGGCAAGAUGAGUGGGGCAAGGGAGGGGCUGUUGACACCGGCACCCCACCCCCACCCCCACCAGGUCACAACCUCAGCUGAACCUAGCACGGGGCCUGGUUCAGGACUCCCGCCUCAGGCCAGGGCUUACCCACCUACACUGUGGGGAGCUCCUGGCGGGAGCAAGACUGAGCAGAAGAGCUGGACCACCAGCCUCGGGAAGACCAGAGGGAGGGACUCGGGGAGCUCUGGCUGCCAGGAGGGCCCCGAGAGAGUCCACAACGGUCAGGUCUGAGGGCAGCUGGCCAGAGGCAGCCAGCCCUGGGGUGGCCUUACCCAGUUUUUCCUGUGAUUCUGCUGUGACUCGUUCCAGAGCACAGAGCGAGAUGGGGGGCACACACCUACCCACAUGUGUCUCCAAACAUGGGGCACACCAGGCAGGUGCCCACGGGAGCCCAUCCCCAAACAAGGCCUGACGGGGGGGGGACUCCCGGGCUGAGGCCCAGGGCCGCCUCCUCGGGAAUUUCCAGCCCGCUUCUGAAGGAAUUGAAGUUCCUGUGUGCUGCCCUGCUGCCCUGGGCCUCCUGCUCCGAGAGUCAUUCCUGCUCGAUUUCCAGCCACCAGAGCCCAGCUAUAAACUGUAAAAUCCUAGUGAGGAAAUCUGGCGGGAGUAUUAGAAUGUCAAUAAAAAAUGGGUUUACAGAUUG